AGAGCAGGUACAACAAGAUAAUGAACUUAUGAUUACGAUUCCGGAAACAAGACGAAACUCAGAAGGAAAUCUUCCAUACUGGUUUCACUCAGCUUAUCCAUCUGGUGCCAUCAUGAAUUUGUCGCCGACUCCUCUGGAUAAUAUUGUGCCUAACGAUUUUUCUCCGAUAAUUUCUCCGAUAAUUUCUCCGGGCGAUACGCCAUCCAUAAUUUUUGAUAUGAUUUCUGGAUAUGCUUCCGACCAUAUGGAAUAUAGCGGCUUGAAUUCACCUUAUCCAGACAUCCAAGUUCCCCCAUCACCAUCUUCGAUGACAAAUGAAGAGAGCCAGACGGAUGGAUUAAAUAUAUAUGGACUUAACAUCGAAGAUUUGGACUAUUAUGAGUAA